AUGUUAACCGAACCGUAUGGAGCCAUGUCUAUGGGGUCAGAUAUGCGGGAUCUGACCCUCCUAAAUUCAGCGCCUCCCGUGCCACCCUUACCUGGAGGCGGCGGAGGCUGUGGGAUGUCUGUUGGCAGUGGCCAGUGGACCCAGCUGCUGGACCUUCACCCUAGCUCUCCCUACAGCUCCCUGUCCUCCCACCCCUCGUUAAUCAAGCAGGAGCCAAGUUGGGGGACGACUGACUCCAUCGAGGACCCUCACUGCGGACUUGGGGCCUUCACGGUGCACUUCUCCGGCCAGUUCACAGGGUCAGGCCCCUGUCGAGUUGGAGCCUUUGGAGAACCAACUCCGGCUCAACCCAGAGUGUUUCCUAGUGGAACUUACCUGCCCAGCUGCAUGGACAGUCCUCCUGCAACCAGGAACCAGGGUUACGGAGCGUUGGGUUUGGACAGCAACCCCGGUUGUGGUCACACCUCGUCUCACCACACGCCUCAGCUUACCAGCCUCUCCUUCAAACACGAGGACACGCUGUCACCGCCAAACAGCAUAGUUGAACAGCAGUAUGCGGCUCCUCCUCCCAUGUUUGGAUGCCACAGUCCUACAGAUUCUUGCCAGAGCAACCAGGCCAUGUUGCUAAGAAACUACAACAGUGAUAACAUGUACCAAAUGGCGUCUCAGCUGGAGUGUGUCACAUGGAAUCAAAUGAACUCCCUAGCAUCGUCCAUGAAGAACGGAAGCCAUACAACCAACUAUGAAAGUGAACCCAUAGUCCCACCUCCACCCAUGCUCCUCAGUGCCGAGUACCACAUACACAGUGUCUUCAGAGGACUACAGGAUGUCAGACGCGUACCUGGCAUUGCUCCUUCUGUCGUGAGGUCAGAGGCCAGUGAGAAGCGUCCAUUUGUAUGCGCUUAUCCCGGCUGCAGCAAGAGAUACUUCAAACUGUCACAUCUGCAGAUGCAUGGCCGCAAACACACUGGUGAGAAGCCGUACCAGUGUGAUUUCCCAGACUGUGGCCGCAGAUUCUCUCGCUCAGACCAGUUGAAGAGGCACCAACGCAGACACACAGGAGUGAAACCCUUUGAGUGCGAGACAUGUCAGAGAAAGUUUUCACGGUCAGAUCACCUUAAGACGCACACUCGGACACAUACAGGUAAAAAAAGUGAGAAGCCCUUUACCUGCCGCUGGUCCAACUGUGAGAAGAAGUUUGCCCGAUCUGACGAGCUGGUGCGCCACCACAGCAUGCACCAGAGGAACCUGACCAAGCUGCAGCCUGCCAUCUGAACAGCAAGAAGACGAGGAGGACGACAAAGGUGAUAUUAUGACUGACGCUUGCAGCUUGGUCAGCGGUCACCGUGAUGUGAUGUGAUGAUCGCCUUCCUCCCUUGGCCUCCGGGCCGACGAUGCUGAGCAAACUGACUCACAGAUGAUCCACGAGAUCUUAAAGAUGCACCUCAACCAGCACUCAGACUUUAAGAGGGUACUAUACCACAAGUAAAUCUGAGCCAAGAAGAAGAACUUUAACAUGAGACAAGGAAAAUAUUGAUUUAAACUUGUAUCUGUACACUUGCACUGGCUUCUUUUUUUAAUUAUUGGUAAAACUGUCACCUUGAUAAUGUGCUGGAUCUUAUAAACUGGAUUUAGGAAAUAGCUGAAAUGUCACUUUUUUGAACACAAAGAACUUUUUGCUUUGGGGCAACAUUUGCAGCAUUAAAAUAACCAAAACACUCCUGAA